GCUGAUUCUUUUUAUUUCAUUGAAAUCACAAUCUCAGAACUAAAUCAUAUUUUACUCAAGAAACACCGAUAAACAAUAAAGUUCUAAAACAUGCUUCAGAGGCCUGAAAAUACUUUAUUGCAGGAUCCUUCUUAUCCGCAUAAUAAAACGAUUCCAUUAUCAGAAAAUGGCCCAAUCCAAAGGUCGAUGGAAUUGUUCCAAGCUGAACCAGCUGUUAUUGAUCCCCAGCUCAGCGAAGCGGUUUCACUUGGGACUACAAUUCUCGCAGUUUCCUAUAACGGUGGUGUUGUCUUGGCUGCAGAUUCCCGUACCUCAAGUGGGUCGUACGUAGUUAAUCGCACUUCUAACAAGCUUACAAAAUUAACGAAGAAUAUAUACUGCUGCCGAAGUGGAUCCGCGGCUGAUACACAAGCUCUUGCCGAACGUGUAUCCAAUUAUUUACAUUCAUACGAAAUGGAUAUUGAAAAAGAGGCAAAUGUGGCUACAGCUGCCAAUAUCUUCCAUAAAUUGUGUUAUAUGAACAAGUGGCAUAUUUCAGCCGGUAUUAUCGUCGCCGGAUACGAUCCGAUUAACGGUGGCUCAGUGUACAGCAUUCCUUCGGGAGGUUCCUGUGUGAAGCUCGAUUAUGCCCUUGGUGGAAGUGGUUCCAUCUUUUUAUACUCGUUUUUUGAUGCGAAUUACAAACCAGGUAUGACCAAAGAAGAGUGCUUAAAAUUCUGUCAACAAGCUGUUGCGCAUGCAUAUAGUCGUGAUGGCUCAAGUGGUGGACUUAUCCGUACAAUUGCCUUACACGCAGGUGAACCUGAAGACAAUACGAUUCCAUGGAACGUCACCCCAUAUUGCAUGGAAAAGGAUCCUAAAUAUCAAACUCAAGCUAUCCAGAACCCUCCUUACAGCAGCAGCGCCAUAUUAUCAGGAAAUAAAGUAACAACUACUAAUGCAUAA